UAGCAUCCAUAACCAGAAACCGCUCUCCUUCUCCACCUCCCCAAGCUGCUGCGUGGGAGUGGGUGGAUGGUAGCUUUAUCUAGGGACUUCUGUCUCCGUGUAUCUCUUCUCUUCGUGGUUAUGAUUAUUUUAUUUUUUUUUAGCCUCUCGCAUCCUUCUCCCCUGCUCCUAGAUCAGCAGCCCUCCUUCAUCUCCGAGGAGGCUGCCUGCUGGCAUUUGGAACGCUGCCCAUCAGAGGAAGCUGGGUAGGAGGGAGGGAGCCAAGGAACGAGCAGGGAAAGGAACAGGGUUCCAGAGUCCAGAACAAGGGGUGGGGGGAAUAGAGCAAAUCCAGCCAGUUUCACUGCCUGCCGUGGGCUGUGCUGAUGCUCUGCGGUACAUCAGCGCAUCCAGGCUGACAUCCCUGUAGAUGCUUAACACAGGGCAUUAUGCACUGGUUAACAGGCUGGGAGCUGCUGAGAGACUUGUUUUAAGCAUUCUCUCUUGCUUGCUUUUAAUCUUGUCUCUAGUGGUGUGUGUGUGUGUGCAGGGGAAGGACUUUAUUUCCAUUGGCUAAGCCCUCCCUUCCCACCCACAUCUCUUCCACAUCACCUUGGUGUCUCCCCCAAAUAAAACCAGCCCUCCUUAUCGCACCGAGGAACGAGGUAGAGUUUGAAUGGAUUUUAUAUAAACACUCACCCUGCCAAGCGACCGCUGAGCUCCCAGGAUAAACUCACAGCAUCUGGCCUGGUUCUCUCCUUCUGCUCCCUCCCCUCCACCCUCCCCCCCUUCCCCUCCCCUACCCCACUCCACUCCACUCAUAAAUAAGGGUUUAAACAUAUUCGGGGGGACUCAAAACUCUCCCUCUCUCUAAAUUCACCAACCUGAACUCAGUUUCAGGAUUCCAAGAAAGUCCCGAUGGAUCUCAAGGAUACUACCAGUGAAGGCAGCCUGCAGCCAUCCAGCAUCCAGAUCUUUGCCAACACAUCCACCCUCCAUGGCAUCCGGCACAUCUUUGUAUAUGGGCCCCUGACCAUCCGCCGCGUACUUUGGGCUCUGGCUUUCAUGGGCUCCCUGGGCCUGCUGCUGGUGGAGAGCUCAGAGCGCAUCUCUUUCUACUUCUCCUACCAACAUGUCACCAAGGUGGAUGAAGUGGUUGCCCACAGCCUGGUCUUUCCCGCCGUGACCGUCUGCAACCUCAAUGGCUUCCGCUUCUCCCGCCUCACCACCAACGACCUGUACCAUGCCGGGGAGCUUCUGGCUUUGCUCGAUGUCAACUUGGACAUACCCAAUCCACACCUGGUUGACCCCACCGUAUUGGAGGCCCUGAGGGAGAAGGCCAAUUUCAAGCACUACAAACCCAAGGUCUUCAGCAUGCGAGAGUUCUUGGAGCGCGUUGGACACGACCUGAAGGAUAUGAUGCUCUACUGUAAGUUCAAGGGACAGGAGUGUGGCCACCAGGACUUCACCACCGUGAGUAACUUGGUUUUCACUUCUUUUGGAGUUUUUCCUCUCCUGGUCAUGAAAGAGACUGGAGAGCUCGAGGAACUUGGUUUUGAGGUCCGCCGUUACACCAGAGCAGGGCAGCAGGCCACGCUUAGAGCAAAGGCCGUAAGCAGGGACGGGCUGGUUGGACGGCCGGCUGAGUUUCUCAGAGUUUGGCUUACCAGUGAGCAGAUUUGUGGAAAGGAGACUGGUCUGCUGAGUCCCAGUGUUCUGUUCGGAGUCAUGGAGUCUAUGCAGAAGGGAGCUGGAGGUCAGAGGACCCCAGCCUGCCCGAGGAGCUCUGUGACAUUGCUUCCCCGGCUCUGUGGAGUUGACCUUCUACCCUUCUGAUGGGCAAGAGUCCUGAGCUAGCUAGUCCAGGAGCUCUUUGGUGUCUGAGGAAUAGUGCUUCAGUGGUGCUGAGUGUUGGCUCUCUCUCUCUCUCUCUGCUCGGAAACCGUCAGGAGGCAGCAGGCACAGGCAGAAUCAGCUGGAGCUUCUAGGCAUGGGGGUAGGGGAAGCAGUGGGCGAACAGGGAAGGAGGUGGCCCGGUGAUGAGGGGAUGGUUCAAGGGGCAUCUCUGACUUGGGACGUAGAUGGUGCUGAGAUGCUGAGAAAUCCAAGGGUCCUUGGCUUUCUUGUCUGCAUGGAAUUUUGAGUUUGAUGUGGGGGGGGGGGAGGAGAGGAGAGGAGAGGAAAAGAGAGAGGAAUGGAGAGGAGGAAGAAGAGGAGAGAAAAGAGAGAGAAGGGGAGGACAGGAGAAAGGGCAGCUGGUCCUCCCUCUCUUUGCUGCAAGGUUCACAUAGAGGCUCUCCUCCAGUACAUUUGGAGAGAAUUUCCGGACAUGGUCUGCACCGAGGGAUGUUCACUUUAGAUCUCUGCUGAGGGUGGAGUAGCUCUGGCUCGUCCCGGAGCUCAGUCUGAUGCCUCUGUAUGUACUGUAAUGUGACAACGUGAUAGGAAGAAGAGAAAAGAAAAAGCGGUGGGCUUUGAAAACAGGUGCUGGACUGAGGAAGAGUACAGACCUGAAUGGGGUAGAAAGUGGAGGGGGGGUGUUUCUCAU